ACGACUAACGACUGACGAUUGCAUACUCGCCCACAAACGACGCCGCCGACUCGCGCGGAAUUUCUACAAUGUCGCGCACACAGCAGGGCGACACGGCCGACUCGAUAACCAGCCAGGACCCAGCCCGCGAUGAGCCGAAGAAAGCGAAGAGCAGGAGGCCACCAAAUACCGCGUUUAGACAGCAGCGCUUGAAAGCAUGGCAACCCAUCUUAACUCCGAAGACGGUCCUCCCACUGUUCUUCAUUGUCGGAGUUAUAUUCGCACCCAUCGGCGGUCUGCUCCUGUAUGCUAGCGCUCAGGUCCAGGAGAUCUCCAUCGACUACACCAACUGCAACACGACGGCGCCCCAGGCAAGAUUAGACUAUGACCCGAGUCAAGGAAACGACCUAGAGCCAAUUCCUGCAAGCCGAGUGUCGGCCAAGUUCAGCCAGAGUAUGAAGACGGCGCCCCAGUGGGGCUGGGCAAGGGAACAAUACAACUUCUCCUCGGGCGUCACCCAGGAUACCAGCGUCUGCAUCCUCAGCAUUGACAUUCCGAACGAUAUCAAGCCGCCGAUCCUCUUUUACUACCGUCUCACAAACUUCUAUCAAAACCAUCGUCGAUACGUCAAGUCUGUCGAUAUCCAGCAGUUGAAGGGCAACGUCCGGACCGCCGACGAUCUCAACUCUGGCGAUUGCACUCCCCUAGCCGUGGCCCCGAAUGGAAAGCCCUACUACCCCUGUGGCCUCAUUGCCAAUUCCAUGUUCAACGAUACUUUUGGUCAGCUGACCCUGGACAACGCGGUGCAGGAUGCAAACGGCAACGAAAUCAACUUCUACAACAUGACGGUCGCGGGUACUUCUUGGGCUCACGAGGGGGAUCUUUACGGAAAGACAAAGUACAAACCGAGCGAAGUUGUCCCUCCACCAAACUGGCAGGAACAAUACCCCAAUGGAACCUAUGGUGAUUCGCUGCCUGAUCUGCACACUUGGGAGCAAUUUCAGGUCUGGAUGAGGACUGCUGGACUGCCCACCUUCAGCAAACUGUACCAGCGCAAUGAUAAUGACGUGUUGCGACAGGGUACUUACCGUCUGAAGAUCUAUGACCGCUACCCCGUUGAGAAGUACAAGGGCACCAAGUCCAUCCUCAUCUCGACUCGCACCGUCAUGGGUGGCAAGAACCCGUUCCUCGGCAUUGCGAAACUCGGUGAUCACACCUACCUCACCUGGAAUAACGACCAGCCCAGUACGGCUACGACCACUGGUCGAGCGGGCGGCGCAUGAAUAUGACCAUUGCCUAGAGCGUCUUGCUUACCUCGUCAGCUCCUUUUUGUCGCUAUUUCUGAAGUGUAGUCUGGAUUCACAGUACUGUAUGUAUAUCACAAGUCUUAGGAGGCCCGGAGUUUAGGUGUUCGAGGGCGAGACUAGAAUAGUCUGUUCUCUUGGUAUUAUGCAAUUUAUCACGUUCAAUACUCC